UUUAGGAUUAUAUGAUAAUACUUACUAAUAUAUUUUGUAUUAAUGACCGAUCAUAGCUUUGAAACAGAAUCAAAAUCUAUACUUCCUCCCAAAGAUGAUCCUAUUCCUUUAUCAUAUCUUUCUCAGUGUGAUGGUAGUAAUGAGGGUUUUCCUGUUUAUGUUGCCAUUAAAGGCAUGGUUUUUGAUGUAACACCUAACAGAGCCUCGUAUGGUCCAGGAGGUAGCUAUCAUGUAUUUGCAGGAAAAGAUGGAUCAAGAGGUCUUGGAAAAAGUAGUCUUAAAGAAGAAGAUGCAACAGCUGAUUAUUCGGAUUUGAAUGAAAGUGAACUUCAAACAUUAGAAAAAUGGGUUGAUUUUUUUUCCAAAAAAUAUAAUAUUGUCGGAAAAGUUGUUCAAGAUUAAAUAUAAAUAAGAAAUAUCAAAAGAUAAGUAGUAAUAGUUCUAUUG